UUAACAAGGACAUGGGAUUUCUUCAGACGACCAGGAGCUGACGUGCUAGUGUUGGGGAUGGCCUGAUGCGACCAGAGCAAGCACCCAACAUCGCCUCGCAGUCCGCUGCUCUCUCGUCCCUAAACCCAGCCGCGCUCCGCCGCGGCGUCGCCCUCUUGCGCACAUGCAAUUCCCUGCCGCGCGUCAAGCCCAUCCACGCCCUCUGCAUCCGCCGCGGCGUCCCCCUCGGCCACCCGGGCCUCGCCAAGCACCUCCUCUUCGCCAUCGUCUCCCUCGCCAGCGACGACGAUGACCCCAUGCCAUACGCCAGCGCCGUCUUCGCUCGCGUUCCUGUCCCCGGCGUCUUCGCCUACAACACCAUGAUCCGCGGCUACGCCGAGAGUCCCCGCCCCCUCCCCGCCCUCGACGUCCACCGCUUCAUGCUCGCCGCCGCCGUACCUCCCGCCGGCCACACCUACCCUUUCCUCCUCAAGGCCUGCGCCAAGCUCCUCUCCCUCCGCGACGGAGAGAGGGUCCACUGCCGCGCCGUCAAGGACGGCAACGACACCUCCCUCUUUGUCCGGAACACGCUCGUGCAUCUUUACUCUGUGUGUGGGGUGCUCGAGAUCGCGCACAAGAUGUUCGACGAAAUGCCACAGAGAAGCCUUGUGUCCUGGAACUCCGUCCUGAAUGGCUACGCCAUCAAUGGGAAGCCCAAUGAGGUGCUCACCCUUUUCAAGGAGAUGAUGAUAAUGACGAACCGCAAGGAUGCCCCCCACGUCGAGCCCGACGGUUUCACCAUGGUCAGCUUGCUUUGUGCCUGCGCCGAGAUGGGCGCAUUGGGUCUUGGCCGCAGGGCUCAUGCGUACCUUUUUAAGCGUGGCUUCAACUUGGACACCCAUGUCGGGAAUGCCCUCAUUGACCUAUAUGCUAAGUGUGGGAGCGUCACAGAAGCUUACAAGGCGUUUGAUGAAAUGGACGAGAGGACUGUUGUAUCAUGGACGUCAUUAAUACAUGGCUUAGCUGUGAAUGGUUUUGGGGAGCAAUCCCUUGACCUGUUCCAUGAAAUGGAGAGGGAGAGCUUAGUGCCCACUGGGAUCACCUUGAUUGGGGUCCUUUAUGCUUGCAGCCAUUGUGGUUUGGUGGACGAAGGAUUCAAAUACUUCAACAGGAUGACCAAAGAUUAUGGCAUUGCCCCUAAGAUAGACCACUAUGGUUGCAUGGUGGAUCUUCUUGGACGAGCUGGGUUGGUGGAGCGAGCUCAUGAUUACAUCGACAACAUGCCAGUUGAGCCUAAUGCUGUGAUCUGGAGGACCUUACUUGGAGCUUGUGCGGUGCACAAAAGCUUGGCCAUUGGGGAGGUAGCUUGGGCGAAGCUAGUUAAUAUGGAUCCUGGCCAUUGUGGGGAUUAUGUGCUCUUAUCCAACCUUUACGCUGCUGUUGGUCAGUGGGGAACUGUUCACAACCUGAGGAGGAGCAUGUUGGAUGGAGGGGUGAAGAAGAAGCCCGGUUGUGGCCUUGUGGAGUUGCGCAACUGUGUAUAUGAGUUUGUCAUGGGAGAUCGCUCACAUGCAGAGAGUAAUCAAAUAUAUGAUUUGCUCGAAGUCAUUGCUACGAGGUUGAGGUUGGAAGGUUAUGUGCCAUGCACAAGCAAUGUGCUGGCUGAUAUCGAAGAGGAAGAGAAGGAGACUGCUCUAAACUACCACAGUGAGAGGUUGGCAAUAGCAUUUUCUCUUCUGAAAACUACUCCUGGAACUCCUAUAAGGAUAGUGAAGAACCUGAGGGUGUGUGCGGAUUGUCACUUAGUGACUAAGUUGAUAUCUAAGGUUUAUGAGAGGGAAAUUAUAGUCAGGGAUCGGACUAGAUUCCACCAUUUUAGAGAUGCGUUUUGUUCUUGCAAGGAUUAUUGGUGAGCUGCUAUUGAAAAUUUUUACGAUUGGAUAAUAUCAUGCUGCAAGCGCUUGAAUUUUUAGGAUCACAACAAUGGAGCAAGUUUGGGAUGGACCAACAAUGUGUAAGAGAUGGAAAUGCAAUAAACAUUCAGUCAGAUUCCAGUUUCCAGUAAAAAAACACAAAGGAUGACUUAUAUCGGGAGAUUGCUAGUGGGUGAGUGACUUGCUUAUGUCAAUGUUUGGUAAUAAGAACAGUUAAACUAGAGAAUGAACGGAAUGACACUGAUUCCGCAUUGCUAUUUGGAAAAUGUUUGGUUAAUGAAAUUUGAAGAAUCCUUUUUUCAAGUCAUUUUGUGAGAUAGAUGAGUGCGAAUGAGGUGAUCUCAGUUCAAAAUAAGCUACAAAUUUAUGAAGGAUUACAGAAGGAGUACAAAUUUUAACUGGGUGAGUGGAUGACUGAGUGAUCUAUAAAUGUGAGGAAGAGAAAGGAAUAGUGGAGAAAAUGUGGAUAACUACCAUAGAAGCAAAACUAUCUUCUAUGGUAAAUGCUGCUGCACAAGGUAAAAAUGGUCCAAAGAAGAGCACAUAUUUAAGAUUAAGGAGAAUCCAAUCCUAAAUCUCUGGAUCUAGCAGGUUUUAUAUAUUAGAAUGUAGGGAGAUGCUAAACUAUUGGACAACAUUUAUUGCAAAUUGCGUGUGGUUGUGAUGGAGGAACAAGUUUGAAGCAAAACAUGAAGGGAAGACAUGAUGGUGGCUAUAGUUAUUUGCGAUUCAAAUGUGCAUAAAAGUAUAAAUAAGAUGCUUGGUUUUGUUUGAUGAAGCAUCUAUGAAACAGCAGGUACUAGGUCCCUUUGCUGCGUAUAAAUGUAGUAGCAGGGAAGUUGGAUGGAACAUAAUCAAGAAAUGAGCUUGGAUUUAGAAAUUGGUUGAUUUGCAGGUGUCCAAAGUGUCUUCAAACAAUUUACUUGCUGAAGACGUCCAUGAAUCACCAGGGGGCCAAUAGUUCUGUUUAUGUUCAUGAAGAUUCAAUUUUGCACUGGAGGAGAAUAAGAAGUCAUCUACUACACAAACAGAGAAAUCACAAUA